AUGCCAAUCGACCAAGAGAAGCUAGCUAAGUUACAGAAAUUGUCCGCCAACAACAAGGUUGGCGGUACCAGAAGAAAGAUGACCAAGAAGAGUGGCUCUUUGUCUGCUUCCAACAAGGAUGAUACUAAGUUGCAAAGUCAAUUGGCUAAAUUCCAUGCUGUCACUGUUGACAACGUCGCCGAGGCUAACUUCUUCAAGGACGACGGUAAUGUGUUGCACUUCAACAAGGUCGGUGUCCAAGUUGCACCACAACACAACACUUCUGUGUUCUACGGUAUCCCACAAGAAAAGGGUUUGCAAGAGUUGUUCCCAAACAUCAUCUCUCAAAUGGGUCCGGAAUCCAUUCAAGCUUUGACCCAAUUGAGUGCUCAACUACAGCAGGCCCAACAGGCUCAAAAGGCUAAGGAGGGAUCGAAUGACGCUGAGAAGAAGGAUGAGAGCAUUCCGGAGUUGGUCGAAGGUCAAACCUUCGAGGGCGAAGUCGAGUAG